UGUGAGUGGACUCAGUAAUCCCGCCGCUUAUUGAUUCACGCACGAUUCACUCGUAGUCCAAUUCCACUUCUUCCAUUUCCCAUUCUAUUUCUCCGCUCCCCUUUCAUUUAUGCUUUCGAUAUCUACUCGACUCCAGCGUCGUCAGUAGCUUGCCGCCGCUAUCUCCCUCUCAUCUCGUCUCAUGCCUCCUCCUAAUAGUAUGUGGAUUUCGAUUUUAUCGCUUUGGGAGUGAAAAAUGUCGGGCAAAUACAUCUUUUCUGCUUUUGUGGGAUCCCUUGCUAUUGCAUAUGCAUGUGACUAUUUGAUUUCUGACCAGAAGAUUUUUGGAGGUACCACUCCGUCAACUGUUUCGAACAAAGAAUGGUGGCUGGCUACUGACAAAAAGUUUCAAGCAUGGCCGCGAACUGCUGGUCCCCCAGUGGUGAUGAAUCCCAUCAGCCGCCAGAACUUCAUCGUGAAAGCCAGCCUCGACGAGUAAAUGCUCUUAUUACGAGUCCUUCCGCUCUGCCCCCAUGAUAAAAGACAUGAUUGAUAAAAAUGGCAUACAUUUUGUAGAGUGAAUCUUGUGUUGGAAUCCUGCUGAUGGUUCACCACUGCUUAUCUGAGUGUAGAUCUCCACUUCAUACUGUUGUUGAAUUUUUAUUUUAAAUAAGUUUUGUAUGCUUGACAUAUUUCUUGGGAUUUAUCUCAUCGUUGGAAAAUAUUAUGAUUAUUGUUUGAUCA